AUGGUCGAACUGAUUUUCUUCACUCCGAAAGCACCCCCCUUCGAGCCCACACGCAACCAACCCUACGUCGCCGCCAUCAUCGCCAGUAAUCUCAUAUGCAUCAUCUUCCAUGCCUUUUUCAUUCGCCCCGAAGCCGGGGAGGAAACGCGCGGCUACCUACAUGGAGGGCUCUUCAUCGAUUUUAUCGGGCAGAUCCCCGUCUCCGUCCCUCGGCUUCUAUCAUUCGACCUCUUGAUCUUCUUCGUCGAUAUCGUGAUGCUGGCUCUGAUCAUCGAGCGAGUCAAAAUAACUGGAUCUUCCACUCCAUCCACCGGCUCAAAUACCGGUACAAUUGUAGACGCAAAUUCCGAAGCAGUGGGCUCACAGCCCCAAGACCAUGAUGCCGAAGAGCGCGGGGUUCUACGGCAAGAAGACAGCGAUGAAGUACCGCCCCUCACAGAUGAUAACGCGGGAUCAUCACCAAAUAGUAGCAUCGACGAGGAAGUCGAAGAAGAACGCACGACCCUCCUAGCAGACCCAGCCGAGAUUGGAUCUCCAAGCGCUGUUCGAGGCGGCCACCCAAUGGACUCAUUCGCAGCUGGAGAGGUUGUUCUCGUCAACACGAGCUUCUUCGGUACCAUGCGGGAUCAAUGGCGCUAUUCAAAUGCCCCUGCGCGACCGACGGCGGGCUUUGUACCAACGCCUGAAACGGCGACUUUCCUUCGCCAGCGUUUCGGUCUUCAGGUUGGUGCUGAUGGUCGUAUCGACCGUGUGAAUACAUGA